AUGAGUGAUGAAGGAGAAAGGACUUGUCCUCUCUGUGCUGAAGAGAUGGAUUUGACAGAUCAGCAAUUGAGACCAUGCAAAUGUGGCUACCAGAUUUGCGUCUGGUGUUGGCAUCACAUAAUGGACAUGGCUGAGAAGGACAAUACAGAGGGACGGUGCCCUGCAUGUCGUUCUCCAUAUGAUAAGGAAAAGAUUGUCGGGAUGGCUGCAAACUGUGAGAGAUUGGUGGCUGAAGUUCAUAUGGAAAGAAAGAUGAAGAGCCAAAAAGCAAAGUCUAAAUCAUCUGAAGGACGGAAGCAGCUCAAUGAUGUUCGAGUUAUUAGGAGGAAUCUUGUUUACAUAGUGGGGUUGCCUCUCGACCUGGCUGAUGAAGAUCAUCUCCAGCGGCGAGAGUAUUUUGGUCAGUAUGGGAAGGUCUUAAAAGUGUCAAUGUCUCGGACGGCAGCUGGUGUUGUUCAGCAGUUUCCAAACAGUACAUGUAGUGUUUAUAUUACUUAUUCAAAGGAAGAAGAAGCAAUUCGAUGUAUUCAAAAUGUACAUGGAUUUGUUUUGGAGGGUAGACCUUUAAGGGCUUGUUUCGGAACAACUAAAUAUUGCCAUGCAUGGCUUAGAAACAUGCCUUGCAACAAUCCGGAUUGUGUGUAUCUUCAUGAGAUUGGCUCUCAAGAAGACAGUUUCACCAAAGAUGAAAUAGUUUCAGCAUACACUAGAAGUCAUGUUCAACAUAUUACUGGUGCUGCAACCAAUAUGGAACGGCGUUCAGGGAAUGUAUUGCCUCCUCCGUUGGAUGAUUGCACGAGCAACAAUUCAGAGAAACCCAUUGUGAAAAAUACUUCAAGUAACUCUGUUUGCGCUGUACGAGAUUCUCCUCCUAGUGGAAGCCCUGCAAAGCCUAUGGCUCCCCCUGCUGCAUGGGGUUUACGGGCUACAAAUUGUCAGCCAGCUGCUGGUGGUAUAUCAUGUCCUACUGGACUGUCCAAGCCCAAGCCUGAUUCCAUCAGCAGCACACUACCCUUUUCCUCUGCUGUUGCAAGCACAAAUCAAGUUUCUAAGCAUAGUGAGUCAAUAAAGGGGCAAGUGUCAAGUGAUGGGCGUCAUAGUAUAGUGCCUGGAGAAACAAAUAACACUAUGAAUGUCCUGGCGAGUGCAAGUGAAAAAACUUUGGCUUCUGAUGUUUCUCUUGUACCUGUGAAUUCAAACACCCAAUUGCCUUCUAUACCAUUAGUCAGAGAUGGUUGUACAUCAUCAAACACAACAAAGUCUAUUGACAUCACAUCUAAUUCAAAUGGCAGCUUUUGUUCUGACGAAGCAGUUACUGCUACCAAUAAAGUGAUUCAAAAUUUGUCAUAUGGGUUGUCCUCUCUUGACCUUGAUAGAAAUGUUCUAAAUGAACAUUAUAACGUAACCAAACCCAGCAGCAGCCCACCUACUGAUUUUGUAUUGGUUAAGUCUAUGCAAUCUCAAGGAUCAAAACAUAUUGAUAAAUUCAGAAAUGUGAAAAAUACAAAUGCAGCUAGUAAAGCCUCUAUAUCAGAUAGCGAGGUCUGUAAAUCAAAACAACAAUAUGAUUUAAAAUUGGAUUUUCAAUCUAAGCAAGCAUCUGGUUAUGUUGAAAUAGAAGGUGAUGUGACAUCUUUUGAUAGUCAGAGACUCAAGGAUCCAGAAGUUGUUAGUCAUUCUUAUUUGCCUAAUUCAUGUUUCCCUUACAUGGAAAAUCAUAAUAAUCCACAUCCUCUGCAGCAUGGUGAACCUUGUACUGUUGUAAAUACUGGUUCUUUAGCCGCAGAUAAUGAAGUUGGGUAUGAACCACAAUUACAUGGAUCUAAAGCAUUAUGCAAUGGCUAUUCUGAGAAAUUAGACAGUACCAGCACUUACAGUUUGCUUCAUGAUGAAAAGAAUGAUCAUCACAUUGGAAGAUUAAUUAGUAAAACAGUUAAUGUUGGAAAUGAUGCUGCUACAACAGAUAAUGGUGAGAGUAGUAUAAUUUCAAAUAUAUUGUCCAUGGAGUUUGAUGCCUGGGAUGAUUUGGCGAAGCUGUUAAGUGACAGCACCGAAAAUCAGAAUGGUCUGCUAAAGAAAUCUAGCUCUUGGAAUGUUCAAACCAAUCAAUCAAGAUUUUCUUUUGCACGACAAGAGGAAUCCAAAAUCCAAGCCUUUGAUAUGAAUCCAUCUCAUGGUGCCAACCAACAAUUACUCAGAAGCCGGUCUCUUAUCCAAGAUUUUGUGGAAACAACAGACAUGUCUUUGGACAAGAUGGAUAUUGCAUAUGGCUUUCCCGCCAAUAACAUUGAGGAAUCCGAAAAGCUAGGCACUGGUCAGUUUGUUGCUUCUUCCAAUAAGCUUUCUGCUAACUCAAAACCACAAAUUUCAGCGCCCCCAGGAUUUUCAGUUCCAAGCAGGCCACCACCUCCUGGUUUUUCUUCUCAUGAGAGAAUGGGGCAGACUCUUGACUCAAUUUCUGGGAAUUCAUUGCAUGACCCUUUCUUAUGGAGAAAUUCAUAUCAGACACCGUCAACUGGAAAUUUUGGUGGUGCAGGAGACAUUGAGUUUAUGGAUCCGGCUAUUUUGGCAGUUGGUAAGGGGAGGCUUCAAGGUGCGCUAAACAGCCAAACACUAGACAUGCAAUCCAAUUACACCCCACAAUUAAAUUACCUUGAGAACGAAGCGAGACUUCAGUUAUUGAUGCAAAGAUCUCUCUCACCACAAAAUAACCAUCGAUUUUCGGAAAUUGGGAACACAUUUUCUCAGCUUGGUGAUCCUUAUGGAGUUUCUUCACGGAUAGAUCAAUCACAUGUCAGUAAUCUGGCAACAUUUCCUCAACUGUCUCUCCAGCAGUCUAGAAAUGCUGUCUUGUCAAAUGGCAAUUGGGAUGGGUGGAAUGAAUUGCCGAAUGGAAAUAGGAUAGGUAUGGCCGAGCUUUUGAGAAACGAAAGACCCGAGUUUAGUAAGUUUUAUAGAGGAUAUGAUGAUUCAAAAUACCAGAUGCCAAAUUCUGGGGAUCUAUACAACAGGACAUUUGGGAUUUGA